AACAGAGUGAGACUCUGUCUCAAAAAUAAAUAAGUAAAUAGAAAUAAACCUGUCAUGUCAAGCCACUGAGAUGCUGUUAAGGAAAAAAUUUUAACGCUAAAAUCAUGGCUCUCAUGCAAAUUUGGUAAAAUGAGCAUAUGUUAAAGAUGUCAAUUUAGGAGGUGGCCAUGCUGUGCUCAAGUCUGUAAUCCCAGUCACUCUGGAGGCUGAGGUGGGAGGACUGCAUGAGGCCAGGAGUUUGAGACCAGCCUGGGCAACACAGCAAGACUCUGCCUCUAAGAAACAAAAAGAUGUUAAAUUGAUAAGAGAAACACUACGAGGUUACCAGUCCUUUGAAGAUGGGGAAAAGGACCAUAAGCGAAUACAAGGAAUGCAGCUAUAGAUGCUGGAAAAGACAAGGAGAUAGAUGCUCCCUUAGAGCCACCAGAGGGAGCUCAGCCCCACCAACAUCUUGAUUUCAGCUGUUGAUACUGAUGUCAGAUUUCUGGUCGCCAGGACUGUAGGAGAAUAAAUUUAUGUCGUUUUUAAGCCACCAAAAUUUGUGAUAAUUUGCUACACAACCACAGGAAACUAACACACUAUUCUUCAGUUCUGCUUUUCUAUGUGGACUCCAUUAUCUAACAGGUUCUUUCCUCCUGGGGGCAAGAAGACUGCAGCUGCCCCAGGGGCAGGUGUUCACAGCUUCAAGUUCGAGGGAAAUACAGGCGCUGACAGUUCAGACCGAAUCCCCAGGCCCGGCCACUCCCAGGCCCAAGGUGGUCACAUGUCAUUGUCUAGGUCAUGUGCCCUCAGCUGUCCGAGCCACCUGGGCUGGGGGUGGGAGCUGCGCCUACUGAGCGAGACACGCGGGAGACGAACGCGCGGGACGAGAAGCGCGCGACCACCCAGCCCGCGCCCGCCACCCCGACGACCCGACAGUCUUUAGGAAGUACCCUGGGCCAUGCAGCUGCCCUGCCUUCCCUGGGAAGGGACAUGAUGGCCGCCCAAAUGAGCAAGGCAUUGGCCCUGGGCCCCCCAGUUCUUCACAGUCCACUGGCACCGAUGAUGGCUGAGCCUGGCCCUGAGAUCCCUGAGCAGUGCUUCCAGGGGUUUUGCUACAAGGAGGCAGGGGGGGCCCCACGGGGCCCUGGCUCAACUCCAAGAGCUGUGCGGCAGCUGUGUAGCCCGAGGCUAGUGCCAGGAGCAGAUUUUGGAGCUGCUGGUGCUAGAGCAGUUCCUGGACACACGCCCCUGAGAUCCAGGCCUGUCUACGAAGGCAGCGGCCAGGCAGUGCCAAAGAGGCUGCUGCCCCGAUGGAAGGGCUACAGAAGCAGGAGCCUGCCGGGCCUAGACUCCAGGUCACAGAGGCGAGGUGGAGUGUCCAGCACCGUGGACCUGCAGGUGGUGCCGUGGGGGAGGAGGAGGUCCGGCCUCCAGGCAGUGGCAGCAGGCUGCAGCCACGGAAGUGACACCAGCAGCUCGGGCCCUGCCCCACCUUCCGGGAAGGACAAACAAGGCACGGGGCCAGUGUCUCAGGCAGGCUUUAUCACGGGCAGACGCCCACAGCAGCUAGAGCCGGCGUGA